UCUGAAUCCAGUUCUGCUCUUACUACUGACCUCAGCCCAAGUCCUGUCACUUCUAACUCCUUUAUAGCUACGCAUUGCUUGACACUCGGUUGCCUGAAGCAGGAUGUCCAUUCCUAUCUGAUCUUAAAUAAAUUUCAAGGAUCUGGUGAGAGAGUGAGAAUAAAAUUGGCAAUAUGAAAAUUCUUGCAGAAGCCAAGAAUUUAUGGAUGAAACUCAAUCUGCGGGGGCCGAUCCUUACGAGCUUAUCUCUGCAAGUCUUUCUCAUAUUUUUCGCACCCUUUCGCAAGAGGUGUUCAAAAAGGUGGAUCGUGAGGCUCACCUGGUCAGCUUACUUGGUUGCUAACUUGGUCGCUGACUAUGCCCUUGGACUCAUUUCCGAAGCCCAAUUCACUGGUGGCCCUUCAGAAUCCAAGGCUGAUGCAUAUGGUGACCUUAUGGCAUUUUGGGCUCCAUUUCUUCUGCUACACCUCGGAGGACCUGACACCAUAACCGCUUUCGCGCUCGAGGACAAUGAGCUGUGGCGUAGGCACUUGCUUAAUCUCUUGUUCCAAUUAGUUGCUGCAGGCUAUGUAUUUUAUCAAUCGCUGCCCAGUAACAAGUUGAUUGUCCCAACCAUCCUCAUGUUUAUUGGUGGAACCACAAAGUACAUAGAGAGAAUACGCGCUCUGUAUAUUGCAAGCUUCAGUAAACUCCGUGACUUCUUGCUUACGUCGAUUGAUGCUAGGCUGAAUAUCCGUUCUUCAAUGGAGAUGAUGCCGGAGCCCGAUAUCGAAUCCCAAGAUGUUGGAGCGGAAGAUAAAACCAAAUUGGACGACAGAGAAGUGAUAAAAGCUGCAUGUUUUUACUCCUUAUACUUCAUAGGCGUCCUUGUAGAUCUCCCCUUCAACUUCCAUGAACGUAACCGAAGCAGGGAAUUUUUCAGGUGGAGAACCGCGAAGGAUGCUUUUCGGAUCAUUGAGGCUGAGCUCAACUACUUUUAUGACGUCCUUUAUACCAAGGCUCUUGUGGUUUACUAUCCAAUAGGAUUUCUUUCCCGUACUAUCUCAAUUGGUUCCAUCAUUACUGCUUUUGCACUUUUCUAUGUCCUGAACAAGCAUGACUUUGACGAAUAUGAUAUACUGAUUACAUACACCUUGCUCCUCGGAGCUGUUGGCCUGGAAUUUGUAGCUCUUAUUAUGCUCAUUUGCUCUGACUGGACUAUUGCUCAUUUAGGGAUAUGUGAGGAACAUCGCAGAUGUUUGUCUAUAGGAAGCAGCUUCAUUGAGUUCCUCCUCAAAUUCAGAUCUGAAGGUUCAUCAUUUGCAUUGCAUAUUCUCCAUGCUAGAUGGUCUAAAUCUAUCUUCCAGUACAAUUUGAUAGAUUCUCGGCUAAGAAAGUGGCCAGAAUGGAUUGAGAAACCCCUUGAUCUCAUCCCUCUGGGGAAAUUUCUGAAGGACUCGAAGCCUGGAUGGGUGGAACCAUACAGCGACAAAUUAGGUGAACUGAUUUUUAAUGAGAUGAAACGUAAGUUAUCCUAUGCAAAUGAUUUGGAAAGCAUAAGGGAGAUACGUGCUGCUCGAGGUCAAUGGGCUCUGGAGCAUUCUAAAACACAGCAAAUUUGUGAAGAGUUGCUUCCAUUCAUCCGUGAUGUUGAUUAUGAUGAGAGCCUUUUGCUAUGGCAUGUUGCCACAGAGCUCUGUUACAAUACCGACACUGAUGAAAGUACCGACCUGGACAAUGAUGAAACUAGGAAUCAUCGUGUCAAUAGUAAGGUCUUAUCGGAUUAUAUGCUUCAUCUUAUGAUCAAACAACCUGUUAUGAUGUCUGCAGUGGCUGGGUUUGGCAAAAUAAGGUUUCGAUACACUUGCGCAGAGACGGACAAGUACUUCAGUGAUAAUCGUGAAGAUAUCUUUGAUAAGAGUGAAGCGAACAAAAUGACGGAAAAUGCCUGCAAAAUUCUUCUUUCUGUUAAACCAGAAGCGAGGUCAGCUGAUGUGAAAGGAGAUGGAAUCAAGUCUGUGCUUUUUGAUGCGGGUAUUCUCGCUAAAGAGUUGAGGAAAUAUGGGGAGACUAAAUGGGUGAUCGUGAGCGAAGUGUGGGUGGAAUUGCUGGCGUAUGCCGCGAUCCAUUGCCGACCGGAUAUGCAUGCUCAACAACUUAGCACAGGAGGAGAACUCGUCACCCUGGUUUGGCUAUUGAUGGUACAUUUUGGCUUAAGCGAACAUUUCCAAAUAGUCCGACCCUAGAAGAAAACCGAUCAUUACAUAACGUGAUGGGAGUAAGUCUCCGAGUCGGCAACAGAUGAGACUCCUACGUGCGAAUUCCAUUGCAAAUCUCACUUUGUUUAUGUUUGCACCUUUGUGUGGCGUUUCUUCUUGUAACCGAGUGUUGCUUCUUUGCUCGGACUGUGCAUUGUUAAUAGUGUCCUUCCCUAUGA